AUGCUAGUCACAGGCACCAAUCCUGCACUUGUGGAUAACAUAAUCACACAGCUUGGAAGACGUUUUUCUAUUAAGGACCUCGGUCAACUGAGCUACUUUCUUGGUGUUGAAGUUACAAAGACAUCAAAGGGGCUUCAUCUUAUGCAGAGGAAAUAUAUAAAUGAUCUCCUUCACAAGACAAACAUGCUUGAUGCCAAGACAGUAGCUACUCCACUUCCCUCAUCACCGAAACUUAGUCUUCACUCAGGAGCACUGUUACAAGAUCAGAAAGAUUACAGAAUGGUAGUGGGAAGCUUGCAAUAUUUAGCACUUACAAGGCCUGAUAUUUCUUAUGCAGUCAACCGCCUUUCCCAAUUCAUGCAUAGGCCGACAGAGGAUCACUGGCAGGCUGCAAAAAGGGUCUUGAGGUACUUAGCAGGAACCACUACACACGGUAUCUUGCUCACAAAGCAACAAGGUCCAGCUUUACACGCAUUCUCAGACGCAGAUUGGGCAGGGGACACUGAUGAUUACAUUUCCACAAAUGGUUAUGUCAUCUAUCUUGGUAAUCAACCCCUAUCAUGGUCGUCCAAGAAGCAGCAAGGGGUCUCACGCUCAUCUACAGAAGCGGAAUACAGAGCGGUAGCUAAUGCAGCAGCGGAGUUACGGUGGAUUUGCUCACUACUUACGGAGCUUGGAGUUAUUCUACCCGAGAAACCAGCUAUCUACUAUGAUAAUAUAGGCGCUACAUACCUCUCUGCUAAUCCUGUUUUCCAUUCACGUUCAGAAUGGCAUCCUCAGAGUAGCUCAUGUUUCUUCAAAAGAUCAGGUAGCUGA